UCACCACCUCCCUCCCUAGUCCCUCCCUCCCUCCCUCCCUCCAUCUCUCUCUCAUGGCUACCCCACCCUGAUCUUUUGAGAGAAACCGCGAGCAGAAGCAGCUCUGUUUGGGAGAUGAAAAUGCUAGAGAAUCACCUCUCUCUGUCUCUUUUACUUCUCAAAGAAAACCCUAAUUCACUUCAGUACCCCUCGUAUUAGGCUUAAACACAGAAGGGAACGGAAAACACCCAAAGAGAGUGAACUUAAUUCCAUUUAUCUUUUUAUCUCUCUAUCUCUUUCUUCUCUAAUGGAACUAUCAAUUUCAUGAUCCGUGGGCUGUUUAUUCCAUUCUUUACAACAAUAAUAUACCCUUUUUUCGAAAGACAGAGUAAAAGCAAGCCGAACGCUGUCUUCUUUGCAGAUCAGAGCUUUAAAGACAACUUGGAAAAAUGGAUUCUAGCAAUAGUGGAAGUAUGCAAUCCUCAAGUGGUGGAGAUGAAGAGUAUGAUUCAUCACGCGCUGAGUCAAUCUCAGCUUUCUUGAACAGCAACAAUAACAAAAGCAACCCUUUCAGCCAUGUGGGUCCCAUGCCUAAUAACCACCCGCCAGAACCAGACCAUCACCACCACCAAUAUUCCCACCACUCUUCUUCAUCUUCAACUAUGUUUUUUGACCCUUUUUCAAACUAUUUUGAUCCUUUAGCGCCAUCAUCAUCAUCAUCAAGAUCAACACUACAAUCACUUACGAACCCAAAUUCACUCCACAACCUUGAUAUGGUCUGGUCACAGAACUUAAGAUCUGACCCCAAUUGCACUGAUCUUGGUGGGUUCAUUUCCUCUUCCUUACCAACCCAGCAGUUCACCAACCAAACUCAAAAUAGAACCACUUUUCAGUCUCUACCAUCACAUGGACAAGAAAGUGCUACAAGAGUUCCAGGUUCAGGUUCAGUUUCAGUUUCAGGGACAAAUGAUCAAGUCAGCAACACUGCAGGGAUUAGAAACCCGAAGAAAAGAUCAAGAGCUUCUAGGCGUGCACCAACAACUGUCUUGAGCACGGACACCACCAAUUUCAGAGCCAUGGUUCAGGAGUUUACAGGGAUCCCUGCACCACCCUUCACAUCCUCACCUUUCCCAAGGAGCAGACUUGAUCUAUUUGGGACUGCAGCCUCCACUUUGAGAUCAGCUGUCUCUCACCAUUUGGACCCUUCACCACCCCCCUACCUCUUAGGACCUUUUGCUAAAAAAUUCCAACCACCUCCACCACCACCAUUUGUCUCUUCAGGUUCUGCUGCAUCAUCAUUUUCUGCUUCUAUGGUUGAUGCUAUAGCUUCCACUACCACAACCAACAUCAAUGGCACUUGUACUAACACUACCACUUCAAAUAAUAUCCCUUUAACAUCCAUUAACUACCAACUACCUUCUGAUUUAGGCCUUUUGAAACAGCCACAUAACAUGCUCAACCUCAACGUCCAAAACCCAAUUCUCAAUUUCCACCCACUUCUUCAAGCCCCGCCCAAAUACCCGCUUCCAGAUGCACCCAAUAUUCUUGGCACCACAAAACCACAACAAGGUUCUUUAGAAAUUCCUUUAAAUGUUUCACAUCUGAAAAUGGUUGUUUUAGAAGAGUUCGGGUUGAACCAUGGCCACGUUAACACAAACCUUUCAGGCCUUCAAAACAUAGUUUCAUCAUCAUCACCCUCAGCAGAUGUAACAUUUGUGAGAAGAAGUGAUCACAGCAACAGUCUAACAAACUGGGGAGAUGGGGCUGGUUCAAAUGAGGUUGAUCAUCAUCAUCAUCAUCAUCAUCAUCAACAACAAGGUCUUUUAAGGUCAAUUAAUGGUGAUUACAAUAACUCAACCCAGCGUGUUACAAAUGGGAAAGUUAACUUCUUGGCUUCAUCAUCAGAUUUUUGUGGUGACCAUAAGCUGGGGCAAGAGAAUGUGGCCACAAGAAGUGAAGGUACGAUGGAAUCAUGGAUUUGUUCUUCUGAUUAGGAAUAUAAAUAUCUUAAUAUAUGAUAAUCACCAUUAAGAACUCUAUGAUAAUGAGAUCAUAAUCAGAGAGAGAGCAAGAGAGAGAGAGAGAAUGAAGAUGAAGAAAAUAAAGCAAGAAUGGCGGUGAGUAUCUAUGUUGAUGCAUGAAAGAGGAAUAUUUUUUGUCUCUCCACCUUAACAAUGACUUUUGGUUAACCUAAUUAGGACACUUUUUUUUUUUUGUAUUUUAUCUUAUUUCCGUUUUAAUCUCUCCUAGUUGUGUAAAUAGUAGCUCUCUCCCUUUUUUUUCUUUUUUUUUUAACAUUUUUCCAUGUAUUAAUUCCUGAUCCUUGUACAUCCCUAUACAAACGAUCAUGGCCCUUUUAGUUUUCCUUUCUUGAUAGUAAAAUGCUUUUAGUUUAA